CUGUUUUUCUUAAUUCAGAAAAAAAAGAAAACAAAAGAUCGAUUUCUGAAAAAUAUUUAUUAAAUUUAUCGUCUUCUCAAUAAAAUAAACAUAUAAAAACCUCUUCUUAAGAAGAAAUAAAAAGAAUUCAUUCUCUUGUUCGGUGUUGAAGCUCACAAAAUUCUAAGGAUGUUGAAACUAGAUUGAUUAAGGUGGGCAUAAAACACUAGAACAAAAGUUAAAUAAUGAGUAUUACCAUGUAAAACAAAAUCAAAGCCAACAUAAAUCAAAGACCAGAAAUAAUCAAUUGCAAAACAGAGUGUCCAGUCCACUCCACCUAAUUAACAGGAAAGAAUAGAUAAUUCUUUUCUAUGGAUACGAUUCGUGUUAACAAAUUGGGCAACGGACAACAACAAAUAACAACAAAAAUGGAACAACUAUCGGGUGUUAUGAUAAUAAUCAUUAUCGGUGGAGGAGUCUUGACUUUUGUUAUGUUGUUUAUAUUUGCUAAAAGACAAAUAAUGCGUUUUACAUUGAGAUCAAGACGUGGUCCUCAUGUUCCAGUAGGCAAUGAUGCCAAAAAGGGAAUUCGACGUGAGAUAGAACGUCGUCUCGACUGUAUACAAAAAAUCGCUCAUGAACCUAAACUUUUGUGGGACGAUGACAAAUAUAUUCUCAAGCCAGAUCAACCAUUACCACCAUAUUACUAUCGCAUGAAGGCGGUUGAUGAUAUCAAAAUUCUGGAAAAAGAAAUAGCUAGAUGCGAUGGAAGUGUCCGCCAUCCCUACGACAGUUUGAGAGCUUUCCUUCUAACGACCCUUGCCUCGACAUCUCUUAAUGGAUCUGGACAACGAUUGAUCCAUCAAUUUUGCGAUAUGUACGAACAUGCUCGUCACGAUCCCAAUGAUUUCGGAAGUGAAGAAUAUGAAGCCUACCAUCGACUUUUAUUAAAGCUUCUCGAUGCUGCAAAACAAUUGAAAUCCUUUUCAAAUAGUCGCAAAACUUCACCCUCCCGCACACCAAAAAAACAAACUAAAAUGCAUUCCCUCUUAGAUCCAUCCCGUUUGCGUCCACCUCCACUCAACACGGAUCCUAAUUCACCAGUAGUUGUUGGAGGCAGCGAACUAAGUGGUCAACAUUCUAAAGUAAAUCUAACAUUAGGCCUACAAUCACAUCAUAUUCAAGAUCAAGACCAAGAACGAGAAAAUGUACGCAAUCGGAUUAAGAAUGUUCCAACCAGUGGCAGUGGUAGUGGAGGGGAUGAAAAUGAAAUUCUUAGCGUCAGCGUAUCAACGUAUCAUGAUAAUAGUUCAAGUGUUGUAUGAUUACGAUUGCGGGAGAUUUUACAACGUAUCUCCUUAUCAUCAUCAUCUACAACUUCAUCUUGGAUACCAAAGUGAAGAAUAUGUUUUUUUUUUUUUAAUUUUUUAUUUAUUCGAAUAAAUUUGUGCUGCAAAAGUUGAAGAGGAUGAUGUAGAAUUAAUUCAAAUUGUCGGACCGAUCGAUAUAAUUGUAAGGCCAUAUCUACGUUAAGGCUUAUAAAUAUCUUUAAAUAAUAUAUAUACUAAAAUAAAUAUAAACUACCUUUAUGAUAUUAAACUUAGAACUUGAUCAAAAGAAA